GCGUUUCGCGUCGUCCCCCGCGGCGGUCACAUGACCGGGGCGGGCGGAAGAUGGCGGAGCCGCCCGGCGCCGCCGCCGAGGACUCGUGGGGGAAGGUGGACGCAGCCUACAGCGACAAUGGCCUGGACUCGGCGCUCUUUAUGGAGAACGCCAGGAAGGGGAGCAUAGUGUCACGAGCCAACAGCAUCGGCUCCACCAGCGCCUCCUCUGUCCCCAACACAGAUGAUGAGGACAGCGAUUAUCACCAGGAGGCCUACAAGGAGUCGUACAAGGACCGGCGCAGGCGGGCGCACACCCAGGCGGAGCAGAAGAGGCGAUACGCCAUCAAGAAAGGCUACGAUGACUUGCAGGCCAUCGUCCCCACCUGUGAGCAGCAGGAUUUCUCCAUAGGCUUCCAGAAGCCGAGCAAGGCCAUCGUUCUCCAGAAAACCAUUGACUACAUCCAGUUCCUGCACAAGGAAAAGAAGAAGCAAGAGGAGGAAGUUUCUACCCUCAGGAAAGACGUGAUGGCUUUGAAGAUCAUGAAAGUGAACUACGAGCAGAUUGUGAAAGCUCAUCAGGACAACCCGAAUGAGGGGAAGGACCAGGUCUCUGAUGAGGUGAAGUUCAAUGUUUUCCAAGGCAUUAUGGAUUCCCUGUUCCAGUCCUUUAACGCCUCCGUCUCAGUAACGAGUUUUCAGGAGCUCUCUGCUUGUGUCUUCAGCUGGAUUGAGGAGCACUGCAAGCCCCAGACGCUGCGGGACAUUGUGAUCGGGGUCCUGCACCAACUGAAGAGUCAGCUCUACUGAGGCUUCCCCGUGCAGUGCCAGCGGCUCCGGGGCUGCUGCUGCCUCUGCGCCCGUGGGGACAGGGCAUCUCCUGCCUGGGGGACUGGGCUGUCUCCCUUGGGGCUGUUCUUAAAGCUUCUCUGAAUUAUUUAUUGUAUUAACUACGAAACCAAAACGAGGCUGUGCAGCCACCUCUGCUCCACAGGUACUGUCACAGUCAAUGUUACCAAAUAUUUGUAGGGACUUAGCAAAGGUGGGGGGGGAAAAGCGUGUGUUGAGUAGAGGUCAUUUAAGGUGCCAGAGAGUCCUUAGCUUAGGCAGGCACGGCGGGUUUGCCUGUGCCACUGACUCUCUGCUGUGGAGCAGAUCUGCUCCGUAACCUCAGGCCGCUGAUACAACCCCUUCUGACCCCAGGGGAGGGGGAAUGAAACAAGAACGCAUGCCAAGAGCUGUUGGUUUCUAGUAAAACAGACUAGAAAUAGGCUUAUCCUGUAAAUGUGGGCUUUCUCAUACCUCCCUCUGAAGCAGCUCUUACAGGGCGGGCUUCUCAAGUUGUGUAGAUGCUUUGGGGAAGCCUGGCAGAGCUGGCUGAGGGAUGGGCCCAUCGCUGCCAGGGAGAUGUUUACGCGGCGCAGCCACAAUCUCCUCGGUGCAGAGCUGGCGGCAUCCGCUGGGGACAUGCUAAAACCUGACCUCUUCCACUGUAGCCAUAGUUCCCCUGACAGGGAGACAGGUGCGAGCUUUCUGGCAGGCUCUUCUUGCUUGCACGGGUGAGCGCUCAGCUGUGCCUGGCUUCAUCUGGCUGCGCGUUUUAAUGUGGCCGUGCUGAACAGGAAGGUAGUUCGGUAGUUGUAGCACAGUGCUGCCACGGGCCCUCGCCGCACCGCCUUAGCCCUUCCCUAUAGAUCCAUACAUACACAUAAGCAGCCUUGAUUUGCUUUGCUUUUUGUUUUUAUAAAUCACUGAAAUCACCCUGACGUAGUAUCAGUGUCAGCUUUGCAGACAGAUGCUCUCUGGGACACUUCUUAGCCUGUCAUGUCCUGUUGCUGUCAGCAGUUGGUCGUGGCUUUGGCCAGCGCUUUGCAGCGUGGUGUAGCCACUGCCCAAGCGAUGGGUAUUCACCGCCCAGAGCGAUUGUACCGGUGCUCCUCCAGCGCGGUGACACCGGCAGCAGGAGUUCUCUGUACUCAUGUUCACGCUCCCGCCCCACGGGUAGCGGGUAUUUAUUUUUACACUGUUUUUCCACUGGUGAUGAGGUAGCACUCAGCUCCAGAUUAUGUAGUUUGAACGCUGCAGCAUGAGAAUGUUUAAGCUUCUACCCUCCCCAUGCCCCAAGAACCCAUUCUGGGGUGGCGGUGGGGUGUGAUUUUUAUACAGAAUUAUUCUUCAAACCCUGCCUUCGGGUGCCCUUUUCAAUGCAAUGGGAGCCCUGGGGUGAACCACAUCACCAAUAAAACACGCACAGGGUCAGCUGUGUCUUGCCUGGAAAAUGUUGCUUUGUGAUGAAGAAGACCCUCUCUCGUGGGUGAGCAGGUUACGGUUAGGGCUCUGCGGCUGAACAAGGGGCACAGACUGACCCCCUGGAGCUGCUCUACCAGAAGCUGCCUCUUGCCUUGGGAGGAGGACAUGGAGUUUUACAGACCUCACAUGUGAAAGCAACGUAUUUUUCUAUUGUGAAAAGUAAUUAAAUAAAUUUUGCUGAAUGUUCUAA